UCGCGGCCUGCACCGUCCGAAUUCGAAAUUCGAAUCGCAGCUGUACCAGUGGCUGCGGCCAAGUAAUGGGCGUUGUAGCUCAGCUUGACAGCGCUGUGCCCCGCGUUCAUGGCCACAUUCAUGCGCGGUGUAGCCAACCCAGUGGACGACAGCGGAAGCGACAGGACGGCGGCAGCGGAGGAAGGGACAGGGCGGCGGCAGUGGAGGAACCGACAGGACCACGAGGUGUGGAGGACAGUGGAGCGACAGGCAGCGGCAGUGCAGAAAGUGACAGGGCGGCGGCAGUGGAGGAAGCGACAGCUCUGUGCCAUGCUUUCAGGGUCACAUUCAUGCGCGGCGUGGCGGUGCAGUGGAGGAGAGCGGAGCUAGAGGAGGGCAGCAGUGGGCGGCAUCCAUGGCCGAGGGAAGUCGUGAACAAUGUCACCUUGUGGGAUGGGCCGUUGCUAUUGGCCAACACCAUUGUCGCUGGCAUCCUCCCACACCAGCCGCCAAGGUGGUGGAUGAAGAGGAGGACGGGAGGGACGUCGGAGGAUCUUUGUGUCCGUGAUGAUGCCACAGAAGAGUACUUCCAUGACAAGCUGCGGAUGUCGACAUCUGUCUUCUAUGGCAUUGUGGCUGCGUUGUUGCCAUAUUUGCAGCGGCAGAUCACUCCCUUCCGGCAACCGCUACAACCCGACCGCAUCGUCGCCUAUGCUUUGUAUCGUUGGGCCUCAGGUGAAACAUACGACAGCGGUACAUCCAAUUUCGGGAUUGGGAGAGCCUCAGGCAUAGCUGCUGUGGAAGAUGUGACGAGAGCACUACACCGAGCAUACCCGGACAAGAUCAAGAUGCCGACCGGCCGCAGGCGUAAGCAGGUCAUGGACGCCUUCGAGCGCAAGGGGUUCCCCCGCUGCAUGGGGGCCAUUGACUGCACGCACUUGUACGUGGACAAGCCGGCAAACGCACCAGCGGAGAAUUUCUGCGACCGUCACCGACAAUUCUCUGUGGUGGCUCAAGUGGUGGUGGAUAUGGACAUGCGGAUUCUCGAUGUCUUCGUCGGUUACCCUGGAAGUGUCCAUGAUUCUCGUGUUUUGCGCAACUCCUCCCUUUACAGGCGUGCGCAGGUCGGGGUCAUUUUCGACGCCGACCCACUCGUCCUACCUGGUGGAGUGAGUACGCGAGGCUAUGUUCUGGCCGAUAAUGGGUAUGGUGCCCUUGCUUGGUUGGUUAUUCCAUAUCCGGGCCAGCACGUCCCGCCGGAUGAGACGAGGUUCAAUGACAAGUACAAGGCCGCAAGAUCGGUGGUGGAACGUGCUUUCGGGAGACUGAAGGGGAUGUGGAGGUUGUAUCUUCGCACUCACAAGACAAAUGUGGACACCCUUCCCCAACAGUUCAUGGCAGUGUGCAUCCUACACAACAUCUUCAUCGAUGCCGGGGUGGAGUUCGAUGAACAGUUGUUGAUGGAUGUAGACGACGAUGGAAAUCCUGUCCCGAUCGACAUCGGUCUGAUAUCUAGAAUACCCCCCAUGAACAUGGGGAGUCCCGCUGCACUUGCUGUGAGGACUGCAUUGAAGGAACGAAUGGCACUUGAGUAGGAGGACUGCAUUCAAGGACCAAAGCAGUCAGUACCAUGCACGGAUUCUAUUGUCAUACUACACAUAUUCAUAUGUAAAUACAAAUAUACAGAUAUGCAUAUGUACAGACUGAAUCAAACAUACAGAUAUACAGACUGAAUCAGAUAUACAUAUAUACAGAUAUGCAUAUAUACAAAUAUACAAAUAUACAAAUAUACAGAUAUACACACACCACGCAUAUGUAAAUCCAAACAAACAGAUAUACAGACU